GCCCCUCAGGGAGAUGCUGCCAGCCACGUCCAAGCUCUGCGCCGCCAUCUCCUACCGCCACCUGCGCAACAUGACCGGUCUGAGGAGACAAGCUGCUGUGGCCAUCAGCCAGGAGCUGAGCAGGCUGGCCAGCCGCAGCCCAGGACCCAGCGCCUGGAUCCACCAGGUGCGCAGGAGGAGCUCCUUGCUCAGCUCAAGGCUGGAGGAGAAACCCUUCAGCGAGAUGGAAAUGUCUUACAUCAAGCAAGGAGAGGAGGCCCUGCAGAAAUCCCUCAGAAUCCUGGAGGACCAGGACGACUGGAAGACAGAGACAGUGGCGGGUAACGGGGACAAAGUGCUGAGCAAGGUGCUGCCAGACGUGGGGAAGGUGUUCCGGCUGGAGGUGGUGGUGGACCAGCCCCUGGACAGGGUGUACGGGGAGCUGGUGGACAACAUGGAGCAGAUGGGAGACUGGAACCCCAACGUCAAAGAAGUCAGGAUUCUGGAGAAGAUUGGGAAGGACACGGUGAUCACCCACGAGAAGGCGGCCGCGACCCCCGGGAACAUCGUGGGGCCACGGGACUUUGUGAGCGUGCGGUGCUCCAGGAGACGUGGCUCCACCUGUGUCCUGGCUGGGAUGUCCACCACCUACGGGGCCAUGCCCGAGCAGGAGGGCUUCAUAAGGGCUGAGAAUGGUCCCACCUGCAUGGUCCUGCGCCCGCUGCCCGGCAGCCCCUCCCAGACCAGGCUCACCUGGCUGCUCAGCAUCGACCUCAAGGGCUGGCUACCCAAGACCAUCAUCAACCAGGUCCUGUCCCAGACACAGGUGGACUUUGCCAAACACCUGCGGCAGCGCCUGGCCCGGCCGGUGCCUGCGGCCUGCUGACCACAGCCUGCUGACCACGGCCUGCUGACCACGGCCUGCUGACCACCU